UUACACGGCAAAUCGUGUGCGUCGGUUCAACACUCAUUCAUUCAUUCACAUAACAGUUUUCUUAUUUUAGAAUACUGGCUUUAGAGUUGUAAGAUUUUAUUACAGUUGUAAAACCAUCAAGAAACAAAUUAAUUUUAUAUUUCCCUGAUAUUUUGGUGAUUACAGCACAGCACAUUAAUUUUUUUACUGUUUUUACCAUUACUAAUAGAGAGUAAAUUUUUAAUUUAAAACAUACUGAAUCCGUCAUAAGACUUAUUAUAAUAUAAGGCAAGUUCUUUCAAGUAUAGGACUCUAGUGUAAAGUAAUGCAUAGUUAAUAUGACUGUUAGUGUUCGGGAUAGUUCGGUGUUCCUACAGGAUGCAACGUGGACUUUGCGGACGUAGAGUCCGAAAUGGCAGAUCUGUUAACGUCCGGGAUUGGGAGAAACAGGGAGAGGUGCUCAGUACAUGGAACAAUGAGUUGUGCAGUGGUGAAUCGCUUCCUGAAGUAGAGAUAAUCAGCCUAUUGGAGGAGCAAAUCCCUCGAUAUAAGCUGAGGGCUGAUACUCUUACUAAAUUCGGAGGUUACGAAAAUCAAGAUUGGUUUAUACCGACUCCGGCACUUCAGGUAGACGAGGCGGACCUAAAACUAUCCCCGGAUCAAAUCCGAGAGACGCUCAACUAUUUUCUUCUAUGUAGCAAUCGCGUGAGCCAAAUGACAAAAACUUACGAUGACAUAGAAGCAGUCACCCGGCUUCUGGAAGAGAAAGAAAAAGACUUGGAACUGACCGCCAGAAUAGGAAAAGAACUGUUGCAGCACAACAACAAACUGGAAAACACGGUGGCGUCGUUGGAAACGGACCUGAAGGCGGCCUACGAGAAAAUCACCCAGCUCAGCCAUGAGUGCCAAAAGAAAACGGACCUCAUCCAGAUUCUCACCAACGAUAUGGACGAUUCCAUGCUGGACACCGCGUCGUCCGGUCGGAUUAAUUUGGACCUUAUGCAAAAAAGAAUCGCAUCCCUCCAAGACGAGAAUAAAGCGUUAAAAUCGGAAUAUUGUCGUUUGGCGUCUUGCGCGGACGAUAUCGAAGCACAGGAGCAAAGACUAUUGAAAGACCUAACGGGACAACUAACUUGUGCAAAUUCAAGUAUGAGCUACUUAGAAGACGAAAUCGACAAGGUCAAAGAGGAGAACCGGAUGCAACACGAGCAAAUUUUAUCUUUGCAAGCGCAGUUGCAGGACACGGAGGAUAAAUUAAGAAAGUUCCUAGCAGAAAACGAAGAGCUGACCGGUCUCUUGCAAAUCACCACCGCAAACCAGGGAAGUCUGGCGGUAGAACUAUCGGAGUUCAAGGCGCGAUUCUACGAGGUAGAGGCUCUCCUCAAAGAUGCACAGGAGCAAAUCAAAAAACUGCGAAAAAAACAAACUCCCGCCGCCAGGUUGAGUUUGUUCUCGUCGUUGGGCGCCACCGGUACCGGACCGUACGAUAGUUUACAAAACGAACUCGAGAUGUCGAUGCAUUCCGAAUUGAGCGUCGAUUCUGGAAUAUCGAAUGGUACCGAUGGCACGAUGCCGCAAUUCAAAAAAGUCUUCGAAACGGUCCGUUGCGCCUCCCAAAACUCCCUGAGCAGCGCGGAGAGCCUGGGCAGCCUCCAUUCCUCCCUGGGAGGUUACGUGAGCAGCAUGGGAGCGAGUGGAGGUCCCCGUAUGAGCGUCAUGUCCACCGGCAAUUACGCGGGCUACACGUCCGCCCAGAGGAGACCUUCGUCGUCGAUCUACAGCAGCAGUUCCCUGGGUUAUCCCAGUUUGGAGUCCACCUCGGGCCACUCCGAUAUGGACUCGUUACAUACGACCGAUUCGGAGGAGGGUUAUCCGGGUGCGCCCCGAAAGGGCGUCCCGGGUGUCCCGGGAGCGACCGAACUGGAGGCGGCGUUGCAACGUCUCACUCCCGGUGCGGUGUUGGCGCGUAGGGCCAAUUUGCAGACCGGUUACGGAGGUUACGAGAGCGACGGGUUUUUGCCUUUCGGGUGUCGCACGCCGGACAGUUUGAUGUCCACCGGAUCGGCGGGGAAUUAUUUCGGUUCGGGUUGGAAGUUGCCCGAGAAGUUGCAAAUUGUGAAACCGAUGGAGGGCUCGCAGACUUUGCAUCAUUGGUCGCAGCUCGCGCAGCCCACUUUCGGCGGACUGUUGGAGGAGAGACCUGGUGUGAGGAUACGAGGUGGCAAAGAACUAGAAGACCUGGGCCUGGAAUCUUACGGACUGAGCGACCUGGAAGAAGACGAAGAAUACCAAACGAAUCCAGGAAAACUGUUCGAGGCGUCGGUUCACACGUACACGUACACCAACAGUACCGUGAUGCAUCCGGACGACGGCACUUUCGUCACUCCCAGUAAUCGGGGCAGUAGAAUCACGUCAGUAUGCAGUAGCAUACAGAAUUCACCGCCGCAAACCCCAGUGGGCCUGAGCAGAAGGAACUCGUGCAGCACCUUUUCCACCACCUUCGGUUUGGCUAAGAUGCUUAACGAGAGAGGUAUCAAGGCGGCCACCCCAUCGGCCUUCAACACGCCGAGCGGUCCGAACAGUUUCACGCCGACGGCGACGCCUUACAACAGUCCGGACGGCGGCAGUUUGUCGAGCACCAGAUCGAACACCCCCGAGCCCCCCGACGAGGAGCCGGACGUCUUCAGUUUGCCCCAGUUGCUGCUCAGCUCGAUGCCCCAGUUCCUUAGGGAUACCGUCGGGGGCGGUGCCCGGAAAAAACCCGGAAGUCAGCUGACCGCCAAAGUUAAUCGGCGGAGGGGCAGCGGCAGUAGUAGUGGUAGACAACAGCAGGAGAAAGAGAGUCUGGUGGGAAAAAUAGAAAAAAUCGGGAUAAACAACCUGAUGUCGGGCCAGGGAACUUUAUCGAUAUCAGGGGGGAUGUACGCACGCCCCAGUCUGACCAGUCCCAUGACCCAACUGACUUGUUUGCUUCCUAGUCAUAGUAAUGACGACUUAACGAGCAGUAUUAGCGAGAAGACUAGACGACCUAAUAUUGAUCAGAUUACUUCACCCGUAACGAAACCGAAAACCGAACUGGGAAUCCCGGGCCGACCGGGCAGUGGCGCCCUCACCCGUCGUCUGGAACAACUGAACGCCCGGAAACAGCGCAGAGGCGGCGGUACGGGACAAACGAGACCGGACUUGGGCACCGUUUCCACUUCCGCCGUCCGGCAGACGACGCCGGAACCGGAAAAGUCUCAAUCCACCACGCUGGGCACGCUGAGUAGUCUGUUAUUUGGUCGCAAGGGCGGAUUAUUUUAAUCAACUUGUGGUUGUGGUUGUUGAGUAGAAGAGACCCCUUCAGUUAACCAGUAUUUAAUUGUUUAGUUGGGGGGAAUGGGGCGAAUUUGUGAUAUUACACGAAACGGCGUUAACUUAAGAAUCGACAUUUCAUAUAGGAAACGUGUAGUUAUGAGCGGUUGCAUAAGACUCACAUGUCUGGGAUCAAUGGGAAUUAAAUUUAGGUUAAAAUUGUACAGUAUCGGAGAAAACGAGAGAGUCCAUUAAGUAGUUUAUGCUUUUCGCAACGGCUUUAUUUUGUCUGUCUUCAUCAAAUUUUGCUCUGUCUAUAUUUUUUGAUAUAAGGCCCACUGGGGCAACGUAUUCUUACUUUUUGGAAUGGAAAUUUUCUCCGUUAAUGUAGCACUAUCAAUAAUACUUUUCAUAUUAGACGUCAUGAUGCUUUGCAGGUAAACUAGUCAAGUACUAAAGAAAACUGUUUGUUCCUUACCAUUUGUUUCAAAAUAGACAUUUAAACAUUUUUAUAAAACAUCAAUUCGUUUAAUAAUUCUUUUUUAUAUUUAGUUGGCUAAUCAACUGAAAUUUUGUUCGAUUCUUACUAUCCUCAUAGAUCUUUUGGGUUUUUUACGUUUUUUUUUAUGAUUCAAAGAGCUGCCAAACAUUCUCUAUAAGGCUCAAAUCGGAUGAUUGGAAUGGCCAAUCCAAUACUAUUUUUUUCCUUUGAUAAUCAACUUUUAACUAGUCAAGAGGUGUGUUUAAGAUCAUCAUCCUGCAGGAAAAUCCAUGACUUCAAGAUCUUUAUAUAUUAAAAAAAUAAUAAUUUCAUAGAAAAAUAUUGUUAGAAAAAGAAUAAUUAGCUAAUAGAGUUCACAGAGAGUACACAACACCAACUAGUAAUAAUAGUCACUUCUUUACUUUAAAUAGAUUUAUUAUGUAAAACACUGGUUACUUUAAAAGAAAUAUUUUAAGAGAGCUUUGCCAGUUGACACGAGCGCAUGAAAACGACCGCGCAGAAUGCCGUCGUUCAUCCGACCGAUCGCGGGCAAGGCCUCGAAAUUGGCAAAGUGCUUACUCAUCUUAACAAAAUCUUAAACCUAAGGAUAAUAUUAUUUGAUUUUGGCGCAAGACAUUCCUAACACGGCCAACCUGAGCAGGACUUCGAUCUCGAAGUUACUUGCUUUCAGGUUCGAAAUCCUCAUCACUUUUCUCUUCUUCAUUUGGUGGUUUUUCAGUAUCUCUGCAAUUUAGAAAAACCACCCAUUUACCUUUUAUUCAGUUCUACAUGAUAGAACAACAUGUACUAAGCAGAUAACAAACUUUAAACGUAACCGCACCCAAGCAAAACUAAAUUUUAAUGCACAGCGUUUAUACUUUCAGUACAAUAAAAUCUAAAGCGUAUAUGCUUCUAUACACAGCAACAUUAGUGCAAAGAAAAGCCAACAAUUCUAUUUAAAACCAACUAUUUUUUUUUACUACAUACUACAACUACUACAACUACAUACACAGCCAUAACAAUAAUUAUUAGUCACAAACACCGACAAUAUUAAAUUCCUGACAUGGCCAUUUAAUUUAACAUACCCUAAUUCAUUACUUUCCAACAUUUCAAGUAAAUCGGGCAUGUCCAUUGUCAAAGACCAGUAAUUCGGCCAUCUCCUUAACUGUUCUCCAGCAGCUUUUGUAAUCGUAGAUUUUCCAACACGUCUUAGCUCAUAACGGCCUUCUGGGGUAAUACCCAUAACUUCAAAAAGUCUUUGGAACUCAUACUGAAUCAUCAUUUUUUCAUCACGAUGCAUUAACACAAAGGCACCUUUUUCAAAAGUCACUCCCUGUUUACGCCUUUCGUUCGCCUUAAUCUUAGCACUUCUUGUUUGAAUUAAAUGGUCAGUAAUUCUUUUUCUGUCUAGUUCCAAAUUGCGAAUAGGGUGUAAGUCACAAUCUAAGUUUUUUAGUAGAUUUUGUAUGAGUGGGGUAGAUGAAUCAAUUCCGAUCAAUGCCUUUAAAGGAGACGUUUGUGUGGCCUUUUGCAUUGUUUUAUUAAGUACUAAUUGAAUUUUCCACAAUGUUUUGGACCAAUCAGUAUUUACCUUUGUUUCUACACGUAUUAGGUUCAUUAUGGUCCGCAUAUAUCGCUCUACUUGGCCGUUGGAUCGAUGGAUAUCUGGUGUAAAAAUGAUAGCCGAUAUUCAGGGAAUCCAAAUAGCUUGGAAGGCUAAGUUUUUGAAAUUUGUACCUGCGUCCAUAAUAAUUUGUUUUGGAGUACCAAACAGGGCAAUAAAAGACUCUAUUGCAAGUCUAGUUUCAUCAGCUUUUACUGUUUUUAAUGGCUGAAGUACACAAUACUUUGUAUACGCAUCGAUCAAGACGAGUAUAUGUUUGUAUCCAUUUGCUGUUUUAUGAGGCCCUAGACAAUUAGCAUGUAGUGCUUCAGCCUUUUCAACAUUAACUACAUGACCUUCUAGUGGACCAGUGCGAGUCUUCUUGAUUGCACACACCAAGCAAUGCCGAAUAUAUUUUUUUACAAAAGCCCGCAGGCCUGGGAACCAAAAAUGCCUUAAAAUAGAAUCAGUUGUCUUUUCAGAACCGACAUGACAUUGUUCAUCGUGAAAUAUUCGCAAUAAUCCAAGUCGACGUUGUUUUGGAACAUAGGGUCUUGAAAAUGACCCUUUAGGUGUAUUAUUGACAUAAUACAGAAUUCCAUUCUUUACCAUAUAUUUUGUUUUAUCAAGUCGUCCAUCUUCAGCAUCUUUAAUAAGUUGAUUAAUUUCAGCGUCUCCUCUUUGGUCAACAUAGAUCCAGUUUUCAUGAACAUUGAUACGACUAACUACAAUAUUCCGACUUAGAAAAUCGACAUGUCGCACUCCCGCUUCAGAAGUGACAUAAGUAAAAAAUCAACAAUAUUUAAUUGAUAACUUUUUAAUUUUAAGUAUUUUAAGUUUUGUUUUCAAAUUUAUCAGCAUUUUUAAAUUUAAGUUGUUAUACCUUUAUAAGAGUAUUUAGCAUAAUUUUGGAAAGAAAUUUCUCUGAGUGUGUUUUAACAAUGUUCUUGAUGAGUUGUGUCGUUUUUGAUUUCGUUAUGAAAUUAAUAUUUUUUUUAGUUAUGUCACUUUGGCUUUAUUUUUAAAUUCACAAAAAUAGAAUCUGACACCCUAAAGAACAAAAACGCAAUAAUAUUUUGUGGAACAUGUUUAUUUUUUAAGUAAGCUAUACAAAUACAUAACUUAUCGUGGCAUACAUUUUGAUGUAUUUAGAAACAUAGAUGUAGAUAGAAACUAGAUUUUUAGUUGUACUGUAAUACAUUUUUUUUUCUUAUAUUUUACAACGAUUACAAAUUUUCAUAAAAGUCAGCAUAAAAUCUUUUAAUGUGAUUAGCACGCAGAAGUGAUAAAAGAUCUUCUUUUUUACUCUCUUUAAGAUUAAGUUUUCGU